CAAAAGUACUGUUUUUUAGGUAUUUUUUAACAAUUUUUCCUAAUGUUUAUUAUGUUAAGAAGAAAAGCAUAUGAUAGAUUAUAAUCAAGAUCUUUACCCAAAUUAAAUUCUUUAUUCACUAAUGAAAUAAAUUUUAUAAAUUAAUUUUAUAAAGCAGAUUAUAAUUUUGGUAUAUUUAAGUGUUCUGAUAAUUUCAUACAAAAUGAUUACUUUUUUCUAGUUCAAGUAUUAAAGGAAUUAUGAAUUAAUGUUGUUUUUAAUACUCCUUUUUUUGGCAGAUUGAUACUUAUGACAUGUCUUAUAUGUUGCCAAUAAACAUGAUUUUUUAUUUUUUUUGUCCCAUCUAACGUUAUGAUAUUUUUUUCUCUUUUGUUCGCAGUUAAUAACUGCAAGUAAACAAAUUUGACCAAUGUUUUUUUUGCUGUUAGUAACUGCGAACAUACCUAACCUUAGAUUCGGACAUGAAGACGUUUAUUUUUGGAAUUAAGUUUACCUGAAGCUCAUUCUUUUUUUUUUUUGUUAAAAUUACUUCUUUGUUUCAAAUUUUCGCCAAAUAGCCUGUGGCCCAAUUUUUUUUCAAAUAUUUUUUAAUACUUUAUACAAAAGUAAUAUUUAAAAGAUCAAAUUCAAGAUUUAAAUGGUCAAAUCUAAGGCUUAAAAGAUUAAUUUCAAGACUUAAGUCGAUUUGGUUUUAUUUCUUAAAUUUAAUACUCCCUCCUAUUUACCUUAAGUGUCUCACUUUUUUAUUUGAUUAAGUACCUUAAAUGUCUCAUUUCGAUUUUGACUAAGUUAACUUUAUCAAUUUACUCACAUUAAAAUUAACAUUUUUACACCUUUACACCUGCUAACUCUGCUUUAUGCAUAUUAAAAUUUAAAAACGUUACACUUUCUUCUUUUACAUGUGGUUCCAUUUAACCACCUAAAAAAUGGGGAAAAGUUAAAUGGCACACAUUAGGUGAAUAAGAGGAGUAUUAUAAAUAUCUAAUUUCAAGACUUAAAAGACCAAAUUAAAGGCUUAGUAGACUAGUUCCAACAUUAUCUUGAAUUUGACAUUUUAAAUCUCAAAUUUGGAUUGAAAAAAUAAAAUCAUAGGAGUGUAUAUAAAAAAAAAUUACUAAUUGGGCCUUUGUUAAAGUUAAUGCUUGAAAUUGACUGUAACAUUUGGGAAAUUAAUAAUUUAAGAUAAGUGAGUUUAUGAGAAUUAUUAGUGCGAGAAUGAUCUUAAAAACACAUGACAUAAAAUAUUCUCAAUUUAAUUCCUCACCUCUUUUCCUCUUCUUUCAAAUUGAUGAUGAAAACAAAAAAAAACCCUCCUCUCUUCUUCCUCACGUAUACCAACCCAAAACAACCAGACAACCAUUUUUCUUCUCCCUCCCAUUCGUAUGAGCAUAUCAAACCCAAGAACCAAGAGCACCUUCCUCAUUCAUGCCGUUCCUUCUGAAAUUGGCCGAGUUCUUGGUCUUCUUCCUCAUUCAAUCCAUUGAUUUUUGAGUAAACCAAGUUCCAUGGAUGUCUUACUCUUCUUGUCGAUUGUUGGUGUAAACAAACUAAGGUUUGAAUCUCUCAAUUUCUAUUUGUAAUUUUAUUCUAUUCUUCUUUAAUAUUCUGAUUUUCUUCUCAAGAUUCGAACCCUAGCCAUCUUUGAUUGGAAUUUCAUGUAAUAUCAACAAGAUAGCAAUUGAACCCUUUCCUUUCCCAAGUCUCUAUCCAGCCGAAAUGGGGAAAAACAAGUGGAAUUUGGUCUUGUUUGUUUAAGCAUCGAAAAUUCAAGACAAACAUCAAUUUUUGAAGCCUGUUUUGUUGUGUUCCUUGCUAAUCAUCAAAACAGAAGGAGGCGACAUCAUCGAGGAACCCUUCUAGUGAUCGCGGAGAAACAGACUUAGCUAGCGUUCUUGAAAAUCCAUGGAAGAACAAGAGAUUUUCUCUCUAUCAAAUCAUCAAAACCAAUGGAGUCAGAUUCAAGAUCAACUCAGAAAGAAAUUAGUGAUAGAAGAUGACUUUUCAUGGGAAUUCCCAUCAACAUCAUCCUCUUCAUCUUCAUCUUCAUCUUCAUCUUUUGUGGAUUUAGAAGGUAGAGAAAAGAAAAAAGAGGUAUUGAAGUAUGUGGGAGGGGUGGACAUAAGUUUCUUAAAGGAAGAUCCAUCAAUUGCUUGUGGGUCCCUUGUGGUUUUGGAAUUUGACUCAUUGAAUCUUCUAUAUCAUGAUUUUUCUGUUGAAAAGAUUAAUGUCCCAUAUGUUCCUGGUUUCCUUGCUUUCAGAGAGGCUCCUAUUCUUCUAAAGCUUUUGGAUAAAAUGAAGAAAAAUGGUCACCCAUUUUUUCCCCAGGUACUGAUGGUUGAUGGCAAUGGUCUCCUUCAUCCUCGAGGGUUUGGAUUGGCUUGUCAUCUUGGAGUUAUGGCUGAUAUUCCUAUAAUCGGAGUUGGAAAAAAUUUACAUCAUGUCGAGGGUCUAAACCGCUUGGAAGUUAGAAACAAUUUGGAGGUUGUUGACGGUAAAGAGUUGGUUUAUUUGAGUGGAAACUCUGGACGUACCUUGGGUGUGGCGAUGAGAUCCGCUAUAGGUGCUUUAAAGCCUAUAUAUAUUUCGAUUGGUCACCGUAUUUCACUUGCUACGGCCAUGAAGAUUGUGAACACAACUUGCAAGUACCGUGUGCCCGAGCCAAUUAGACAGCAGGCUGAUAUAAGGUCGAGAGAGUAUCUUCGCAAGCAUCAAUUUGAACCGCAAAGUUUCUGACAAGGUGAAUUCUAGAACUAGUCCUUCCAACUUCUAUGAUAUCGCGGUCAUUGCAACCUAUAUUUCGGUCGUGUUCAACUCAAAACCGUUAUAGUACGGUCGCGUUGCAGUGAUGUGGCCUUGUUUGUGCACUAUGGGUGGAAGCAUUCCGACUUUUAAACUAGAUCAAAGUUGGGAAAAGAUGGGAGAAUUUAAUAUUAUUCUUGGUAACUUUACCUUUAAAUUUGCGACAUAAAACUUCUCCGUAGUGCUAAUACUGUUCUGUUUGAGCUGUAUACAUUAUGGUCUUAUGAUCAUGAGUUUGUUUGUCCCAGAAUUCCAUGUUGGUAGCGUCUCAGCUUAACUUCACAAGGAACAUGGAUCUGUGUUUAAACCACUUGUAUCAAUAAGUACAUUCUUAAAUUGCAUAAUUUUUAUUGCUUUGAACGUUGUGCAUGAGAACGCUCUACUGAACACUUAUAAGCUCAUUUCUUGUACAAGAUAUUAAUCUUGACUUUGCUUGA